CAACUUUCAGCUCAAUAGAACAGCUGUCUCACAUAGCUCCUGUCACCUAACACAACACGAGAGUAAUGGCAAAUAUGAACCUCACAUUUGGAAAGAAGAUGGUGAUGGUUGUGAUGGUGUUGGUUUUGGCCGGCAUGUCUGUCGUUGUGUACAAAACUAGAGUGGAGGUUCAAAACAUGACUGGUUCAGUACGGAUUAAAAACUCGCAUGAAUUGGCCAUUGAAGAACAAUGGAAGACAGAUCGUUUCAGACGACAGAGGAACUUACUGUCCAGCACGCUAAACCACAUGAUGAUGUUGUACGGGCAACAGAGUUGUGAGAUGCUCAAGCUGAAGAAGGUGAACGACAUGGUGUCUGAGAACGGUGGAUGGUGUGCUGUAGCCAGUAGUCCAACAAGCAGCCAACACGUCUGGGAUGAGGGUUUCUCCAAAGCUCUUAGCACAUUCUUUAAAGGCAAGUCUGUUGGGAGCUUUGGCGACGGGCCUGGGGCCUACAAGAGACAUCUGGACACGCUGAAGGAGGUCAAGAGCUACACGGCUUAUGAUGGGGCUCCGUACUGUGAGCUCGUCACUAACGGAACGGUGCUAUUCCUAGACCUAACAGUUCCCCAAUACAACCUUCCAAUCUUCGACUGGGUCAUCAGUGUGGAGGUGGGUGAACACAUUCCGGCCAAGUUUGAAGAUAUUUAUCUGGACAACUUGGCCAGACAUGCCAGGGAGGGUAUCGUGUUGAGCUGGGCUGUGCCAGGUCAGGGCGGUCUGUCGCACGUCAACAACAAACCUCUAGAGGCCGUAGUGCAGCAGCUAAAAGUGCGUGGGUUCGAGAUCAACUUAGACGCCGGCGCACCUUUACGAGACAGCGCAGGAUCCAGUUGGCUCAAGAAAAAUGUCCAUGUAUAUUACAGACCUUCUCACAGUUUAGUUGCAGAAGACGAUGCUUAGAUAAAUAUACAUUGUAAUAUAUAAUCUAUUGUUGACUUUUUGAUCGUUUUAUUUGCUAAAUGAGCCUUGUAAACUAUUUGUAACUUGCUUUAAAAAAUUGUACAAACUAAAUAUUAAUUAUUUUUUGCUUAAUCUUAUAAUCCUAAUGUCCGAUGUUUGCUUGAAAUAUUCCUGUACAUUUAAUUCGACGUGAUAUUAUAGAUUUAUACCAUGAAUUAAAAUAGUUGAGGUUCCAAUGAUAUGUGUUAUGUAUGUUUAAUGACAUAGGGAUAUCACCUGUCAGUCUAGGUGGAAUGUAGAAUAAUUUAAAAUUCCAUUUAACAGAUUGUGAGUAGAGUUCAAUGAAUAUUUUC